GGAGUGUUUAAGGGCGCGCGCGCGCCUGCCUGCCUUCAGUGGUCGGUACGAGGCCACAGGCACGUGUGGCGGGUGACGCUCCAGCCCUUGUUUGGAAAUGUUGGCUUCAGGCGGUCGGCCCCUGAGUGACAGCCCCCGGAGAGGGGAAAAGGACUGGAAAGAUUUGCACUCGCUAACUUGGCAGUCUCAGGGGAUCGGGAGUAGAGGCUUCUACGCGCACAGGCAUGGCACAAGCUAAAAUACAAACGAAAAUGCUCGAUGUGGAGAAGAACAGCCGCUUCAGUCGCUCCGUCUCCAUGGCGGACCGCUCAAGUCGGUUACUCGAGUGUUUGGAUCUGCUGGAGCUCAGGGUUGAAGCGUUACGUGAUACAGCUACUGCUAUGGAGCAGGAGAAAGAAAACCUGUUGGAACAAAUUCAGUCUCUGCAAACAAGUCAGGAAAUGCGGACCAUUAGUGACGGUGAAAGAGAGGAGCUGACUCUGACUGCCAGCCGCUUGUUAGGCAGGACCCUAACUGUGAACAUUUCUGUGGAAACGAUUAGAAGUCCACAGCAACAGGAUGCCCUGAGCAAAGCAACAGCAAUCAUUGAUGAGAUCGUCGGUCAAGUACUGGACAACUUAGAAGGGGCCAGGAAACAUCUCCAGGCUCUCCAUGCCGCCUGCAUUUCUGAUGCACCCCCAGGGCCAGUUGAUCAGAAAUUCCAGACCAUAGUGAUCAGUUGUGCAUUGGAAGACCAGAAGAAAAUCAAGAGGAGGAUAGAGACACUCAUGCGAAACGUUGAAAACAGUGGAAAGACCAUCAGGAUCACAGAUAAUUAUAAGAUAGAUGCCCAAAAACUUUGUGCCAACUAGAGCAUCAUCUAUAUGGAUGGUGUCAGUCAGCCAAGCUUCAUGGAAAUCGAGCAUAGCUGGAAAACUUCAAUCAUGACGUAAACAUUCCACUAUUAAGGAAACAGUAACAUAAUUAAUAGAUGGUCUUAAUGUAUCAGAAAGUGCAAUACUGCAAAGGCUGUUUCUCGUUCAGCUUUUUAUAAAUGAAGCGGUUACUUA